AUGCCCGGAAAAACCACAGACCAGUUCAAAGCAGGAGACCUGGUGUUCGCCAAGAUGAAGGGCUUCCCCUUCUGGCCAGCCAGGGUCUGUAAAUCCGAGUCCGGCUUCAAGAAGCGGAUCCCCGUCUUCUACUUCGGGACUCAUCAGACAGGUACCCUCCCUCCAGAGAACGUCGUCCCUUACGUCGGCAACAAGAUGAAGUACGGCAGCGGCGUGCGCAUCAAAGGCUUCUCGGAGGGCAUGUGGGAGAUCCAGAACACGCCGGGGGUCGGGAGUAAACUCAAGAUCCCGUCACAGACUUCUCCUCCAGUUAAAAGCAGCAGUACAGCAGACACAGAGAGUCCUGAAACUCCCUCCACAGCCUCUGAGAGUCCAGCUGAGACCAGUACAGACCAGAGAUCUCCACCUGAAACAACAACAAGUCCAGAGAAGACAACAGACUCCAAACACGCUGCAGAGGAGGCUCAAAGGACUACGAGGAGCCGGGUCGCACAGUCCAAGGUCGAUGCUGAGCAGCAGAACAAGAGGAGGAUGACUUCUACUGCUGUGACCUCACCAGUCAGUAAGAAGUUGAGGACGACAGAGUCUGAGGGAGGACAGAAAGAGGAGGGGGAGACGAAGCAGGAUGAAGGUGAAGAAGCAACAGAAAAGGAAGCAGGUGACACCGAAGGGAGGAAGACGAGGAGAGCAACAAGGAAGAAGAGAGCGGAGGAUCGGUGUCUCCAGAAUCCUGCUGGAUCCACCGAACCGGGGUCUCAAUCCGACGCUUAUGAACCCGGAAGUAACCGUUGA